ACUUUCCAAGAACUCAGGGGAAAAGAGAGCGUGGUUCGAGAAAGUUUAUGAAAGAUUUUCCUCCUCUUCGUUUACUUUACUUUCCAUAAUCUGGUCCCAGAAUGGCAGAGAGAGCCCCCAUUCCAGCCGAGGAGUACGAAAGACAGUGUGGCCAGACAAAUGAUUCUUCCAGCGAGUUUGAAAGCUGUGCAGAAGAUGCUGGCUUCUCUGGUGAUGAUGCCCCUACCACCCGCCUGGUGUCAGGCCUGAACCUGAAGGAGGUGUGUGACACAACAGGACAGGGUGCAGAGUUUGAGGUGGAGUCACAGCUUCAGAUGGAAGAAGCUGCCCUGGAUAACAGGUACUUUGAUGCUGAGGACGUGUUUCAGCAGCUCAGCAGAGCUCCACUUGAUGAUGAAAGUGAAGACUCCUCCACUGAGGACUUAGACAUGAGUCCCUUUGAGCGUCUGGCAGUAAAGAUGGAGGACAUUUCGGGCGGGGACAGGGGCGUAGUGAAGAAGGUUCUGAAGCAGGGAGUGGGAGAUGUGGUCCCUGCUGGAGCUUAUGUCAGGGUUCACUAUAACGGCUACCUGGAGUACUCUGAUGAACCGUUUGACUCCAGUAGACUUCGCAAUGAAGAGCUCAGGUUCAGACUGGCAACAGGAUCAGUUGUCCCAGGGAUGGAGAUUGCCAUUUCCAGCAUGAAAAAGGGUGAGCGGUCUCGGUUCCUGGUCCAGCCAAACUACGGCUACGGCAAGUUUGGCUGCCCUCCUAGGAUCCCUGGCAAUGCCACAGUUUUGUACGAGAUAGAAAUGUUGAACUUUGUGGACAGGAGUACAGCUGAGGAGUUCAACUCACUGACAGAGGAGAAAAAAAAGGAAGCGACAUUCCAGCAGCUCCUUGAGGUUGCUCAUGUGGAGAAGAACCAUGGGAAUGAGUACUUCCAGCGCCAUCAGUUUAAACAAGCUAUCAGCAAGUACAGCAAGGCCCUGAGGACGUUGGAGAAUGCUCGCUUGGCCAAUGAUGAGGAAGAGGCCAAAAGGAACAAGGUCCUGCUGAAACUGUACAACAACAUGGCGCUGUGUAACCUGAAGGUCGGAGAGUACGCUCGCUGUAUUGCCAACUGUAACCGCGCACUCGAGAUCGAUGGCGGCAACGUGAAGGCUUUGUAUAGAAAGGGCCAGGCUCUGUGUGAGCUGAGUGAAUUUGACAGAUCCAAAGGCUGUCUGCUGAAGGCUCAGAACCUGGCACCCAACAACAAGGACAUCAGGGAGGAACUAAAAAAACUCGACAGGAAGUUCCGUCAGUUUUCAAUGCUUGAGAAGGAAUGCUGUCGCAAAAUGUUUGGUGGGCUGAAAGGAACACAGGAGAUCAAAAGCUCAGACAUUCCAGAAUGCAGUGCUGAGUUCAAAAAACUUAUUGAUGACAAGUUUGUCUCAUUUUGUGAGGAUGCUGGCCUGCCAGAGAUGACUUUCCCCCUGGAGAAGCUGACAUCAGCAGAGAGAGACUGUAUCCAACACACGGCCCUGGGGCUGGGCCUGGAGGUCACCACACGGCAGAUGGGAGCAGACAAGCAACUGCGAGUGAGAAAGAAGACUUCUGGGGGAGCCUAGAUGAGGUCAGUUCAGACAGAAAGAAAACUCAAGUCAAAGCCAUUCCCUUGCCACAGUCCUUUACAAAAUUGCCAAUGAUUCUAUCAGACACUGAUCUUGGGGGGAAAGGGACAGCCCCAAAGGUUUAGUGCUAUAGAAUUAAACUGGAGGCUGUUAUACACAGUCUCUAAUAUAAUGUGUGCCAAAUUUGGAAGGACUUCUAGUAUCAUACUGUUGUACUGCAUGCAGUACUGUGUGCUUUGUCAGUUGCCAUACUGAAAAAAAACAGAUGUACUUGUUUUGUUUGACUUUUUGAUACUGGCAUUCAGCUUUUGUGUUUGAAUACCAUUUUAGUUGGAUAGCUAGUUUUAAGUUCAAGUUACCACAUAUUGUUGUACCAACUAAGUACAUGUACUUGUAAAGUGUACGUUUCUACUUGACGUGUUUCA